GGCGUACCCAGAGCUUUGUAUCCCCGGCUCCGGCCCCAUCCCGGAAUACUACACAUCGGCCUUAGUGCCUGACUCAUUCCGCUCAGCCAGUUCUUGAGGCCAGAGUGACUAAGGCCCGGGGUGUGGACACCAGGAUUUCCUGCAGUGUUCUGAACUUCUUAGGGGAGAAGGGGACCGGGGCUCCGGUGUGAGCAAAAUUUUGGUUUGGCUCAAAUUCCAAAUGAAAAUGUUUGAGAGCAUUGACUCUACAGCCACAAAAUCUGGCCCGGAUCUUUGGGCUGAAAUCUGUUCCCGUCUGCCAAUUCCCGACCAAGAGGAUGGUGCCAGCAAUGCCUUCUCAGACUCCUUUAUAGAAUCUUACCCUGCAGGCACAGGCCAGAGGGAGGCCCCAGAUUUUGCUGCUCAGCCAGCUAUAAAGCCUUGGGCUCCCUUGCAGGAUUCAGAAGUGUACUUAGCAUCUCUAGAGAAGAAACUGAGAAGAAUCAAAGGUUUAAGUCAGGAAGUGACCUCUAAGGACAUGCUUCGAACCCUGGCCCAAGCCAAGAAGGAAUGCUGGGAUCGAUUCCUCCAGGAGAAGUUAGCAUCGGAGUUCUUUGUGGACGGACUUGAUUCUGAUGAGAGCACCUUGGAACAUUUCAAGAGGUGGCUCCAGCCAGAUAAAGUAGCCAUCAGUACAGAAGAGGUCCAGUAUCUGAUUCCUCCAGAGUCACAGGUUGAGAAGCCAGUGGCUGGGGACGAGCCAGCGGCAGCGGAACAAUAAAUUAUACACGCACACACACACACACACACACACACACACACACGCACGCACGCAUGCUGAACACACUGAGCAGCUGUCUCCGGUCCACAGGGAACAGUGGAGAGCUCAGCGACAGCAGCAGCAGCAAGGAGAAAUCUAAGAAGGGAAAAGCCCAACCUUCCACUCCCCAAAGCAAACAGCUGCGGGGCCCCUGAGGACUUGCUUGGGGCUGGCAUGUGUGACUGUCUUGGAUGAAGUGACGUUGACUCAAACUCCCGCUUUCCUGUAUGUCCCACAGCUUGCCUCAGUUCUGGUGCUGCAGAUGAGAAGUCUGCUAAGAAUCUAGUGAAGGACUAGUGUAAAUGUGUUUGGAGACUGAUGCCCUUAUGUAUAAUGUACACAUAAGUUAAGUGAGCCAUAUUUUUCCUUGCCUCUUCUGGAUAUUCCUGCCUGUUUCCCGAGCAUUCCCUUGGUAAAUUGUGGGCCAAGGUGAGUGAAGUCUGCCUUCUUGAACCCAAGCUCCAUUGGGGGCUCCUCUAACAAGUCCAUAAUAAAUAGAGGGACUUUAAGAAAAGAGCCUGGGCUUUUCCUUCGCCUGAUUUGUUCCUCGUGGGGGAAAUGGACACAAGAAGUGUGAAAAGCUGGGUGUUUCUGUGUGUAUAUAUUUUUUAUUUCGUGCCGAGUUUCUCCCCUAACUUAUUCCUGCACUUAAAAAGGGCUAAGUUCCAAAUUAGACUUGCAAAUAUGGUGUUGGGAUUUGACAGGACUGCUAAAUAGUUCCCUGCUUGCUCCCUGUAGCAGCUUUCCUGGCUGAGCCUGUGCUUCCCUCCUUGUUUUUGGUGUUCUUGUUUAGUUUGUGUUGUACGCAUAAAACUUUUCUCAUCGGAACA